UCCUGGGGCGGGGGCGUUCCGGCCGCCUCGCCCGCCUCCCCCUGCUCUCCGGGGCGCGCCGGGAGGUGUCGGGCCGCAUUCCCCGCCCCGCCCCGCGCCGCCGCCCCGGGUCGGGCGGGAAUCUCGCCGUGGUCCCGGUCGGGGCCGGGAGCUCCGCGCGCUCCCGCGGUACCCGGCGGGCGGCGGCGCGGUGCAUGCCGGGCCCGGGGCGGACCGUCCCCGCGCUGCGCCAGGAGCCGCGAGCCGCGCCCGCCGCCAUGUUCCGCCGGGCCGCCGCCGCCCGGCGCCUGUAGCCGCCCCCGCCCGCCCCGCCGCGCCCCACCAGCCGCCGGCGGAGGGGCGGACGAAGGCGCUGCCGCGCCCAGCAGCAGCCGCCGGAGCCCGGCAGCGCUCAGCGAUGUCCGCCAAGGAAGGGAGCAAGGUGCUGCUGCUGACGCCCCACGCCACCAGCGAACGCGCCGUCAAGGCUGUCCCUUUUCCACCAACGCAUCGCUUGACAUCUGAAGAAGUGUUUGACACAGAUGGAAGACCAAGGGUUGACAUUUUGAAGAACCACUUGGUAAAGGAAGGUCGAGUGGAUGAAGAAAUUGCACUUAGAAUCAUCAAUGAGGGUGCUGCAAUAUUACGGAGGGAAAAAACUAUGAUAGAAGUUGAAGCUCCAAUUACAGUGUGUGGUGAUAUUCAUGGCCAGUUCUUUGAUCUAAUGAAGCUGUUUGAAGUGGGAGGAUCACCUGCUAACACAAGAUACCUCUUCCUCGGUGACUAUGUAGACAGAGGUUAUUUUAGUAUAGAGUGUGUGCUGUACUUAUGGGUCCUGAAAAUUCUUUACCCAAGCACAUUGUUUCUUUUGAGAGGCAACCAUGAAUGCAGACACCUAACAGAGUAUUUUACCUUUAAGCAAGAAUGUAAAAUAAAGUACUCUGAAAGAGUCUAUGAUGCUUGUAUGGAAGCUUUUGAUUGUCUCCCUCUUGCUGCUCUCUUAAAUCAACAGUUUCUUUGUGUUCAUGGUGGACUUUCACCAGAAAUUAAUACACUAGAUGACAUUAGGAGAUUAGAUAGAUUCAAAGAGCCUCCAGCAUUUGGACCAAUGUGUGACUUAUUGUGGUCAGAUCCUUCAGAGGAUUUUGGAAAUGAAAAUUCACCAGAGCAUUUCAGUCAUAACACAGUCAGAGGAUGCUCCUACUUUUAUAGCUAUCCAGCAGUUUGUGAAUUUUUGCAAAAUAAUAAUUUGUUGUCAAUCAUUAGAGCACAUGAAGCACAAGAUGCAGGUUAUAGAAUGUACAGGAAAAGUCAAACUACAGGGUUCCCAUCUUUAAUAACAAUUUUUUCAGCACCUAAUUACCUGGAUGUCUACAAUAAUAAAGCUGCUGUAUUAAAAUAUGAAAACAAUGUGAUGAAUAUUCGUCAGUUCAAUUGUUCUCCUCAUCCUUACUGGCUACCAAAUUUUAUGGAUGUUUUCACAUGGUCUUUGCCAUUUGUUGGAGAAAAAGUAACAGAAAUGUUGGUGAAUGUUUUGAGCAUUUGCUCUGAUGAUGAGCUGAUGACAGAGGGAGAAGAUCAAUUUGACGAGCGACUCAUAUAUGGCAAUAAAAAAGUAGGUACAGCUGCCGCACGGAAGGAAAUAAUCAGAAAUAAAAUUCGUGCAAUUGGCAAGAUGGCAAGAGUCUUCUCUGUUCUCAGGGAGGAGAGUGAAAGUGUGCUGACACUCAAGGGUUUGACUCCCACUGGAAUGUUACCUAGUGGAGUGUUGGCUGGAGGACGACAGACCCUGCAAAGUGAUGCAUUCUAAUUGGAAAUUCUUCUCAGAGUUUGAGUCCAGAAGAUCAAGUUAAAAAUGGUGGAGUCUGGAGCCAUCUCUAAUUCUUAUAUUGUUUGGGAGAAGAAAUUAUUUCCUUACUCCCAGAAAACUGUAAGUAGUUCGCAUUACUUGUUUUAUGCUUUCAGCAUUUUAAGGAGGGAAAGAAAAAAAUAGUCACCUAUAUGUGCUUAUUCUGUUCUUGGGUAGGGACGGGAGAAGGCUUGGCUUUUACAGCCAAAGGAGACAGGCAGCAAAAGCUGUGAGAGACUUGGCAGGUUCCUGGUUUGUACUGGAGUGAUCAGUGCCUUCCUGCCCUGCCUUGGGCUCAGCAGACACAUGUGGGUCACUUCUUCCCUGGGCUGAGGGGUGGGACUGUCAUCUGUGGUGUGUUUACCUGGAGGGCAACAUCAGCAAAGAUUCAGAGGUGGGCUGGGGUCUCUGACUAUCCCAAGGAGCGUAGCUCUGUGUUGGUGGAACUGAGAAGCAGAAGUGCAGACCGAGCUAGCUCAGGUUUUGGGGGGUUAUUUCCAGCAGGGCUUUGUACUGUGCUGUCAGGGAAUGGGCUGCUGUUUGCUGAGCCAAACAGGGAAGAGCAGCUGAGUUCACAACCUGCCUAUAUCCAGUUCAAUGGCCAACACCUUCACCUCCCAGAAUUAUAGUGUGAAACAGGUUUCCUUUCAAAGCUUAUUAAAUUAAAUUGUGAAAUGGAAAAAUUCCUCUACUCCUAUGUCCUGAAUUGUGAAGAUUGGCCCCCUCGCAAAAAGCCAAGUGGUUGGGAUUGAGGCUGUUUUUCUCUUAGAAAGGGAGGUCUCUUCUGGUGCGAGUCUGAACGCUUUUGGAGGGAAGACCCUCUUAACAGCUUGCUUUUUUCCUAAUGUUUAAUCUGAAAGCACUGUUAUGUAAGCUAGGUAGAAAAUUAAGGCUUUUUCAGAGGCAGCUUAGACAGUAUCCGUUCAGUCUUUCCUUGCCUAUUUUUUGCUAAAAUUUCAUUGUCAGUCAUUCAAUUCUUGCUACCCAUUUAACAAUUCAUUGUUGUUAGCAUGUAAUGAAAAUAUUUUUGCCAUAAAACAGGUAAAUGUUUUUCAUUCACAUAGAAUAGAACAUGGAAGCCUGUUCAUCUGUUCAUUUUCUUGUGAUAGUAUGUAUGAGCCAGAUUUAAUCAAUAUUCUGCUUUGAAUGACAAGCAAAUUGGUAGAGAUUUUUGGUCACAUAAAAAGACAUAUAUGCAAUAAUAUGCUUUAAUUAUUAAGUGUUAAGGUGCUUCAUAUGUAAGGAAGUUUGUUCAGGAACAAAUAAAUGAGAACCAAAGCUUGUAAGAAUCUUGGUCAAGCUUGGAAAGCUAUUGACAGAUAGCUGUCUGUACACACACAUGUAUAUCUAUCUCAGUGGAUGCUUGCACUAAGGAUGACCAAAGCAGUGCAGAGUAGAAUGUCUUCUAGUCUCUCCAAAUCAUCUUCCAUCUAAUUUGUAUUUGAAAUAAUUAAUCUGACCCAGCUGAAAUGUAUUUCUCAGUAUCAGAAAAAGUUUAUAGUCUAAAAUCAUACUUAGGUUGCAGACCACCGAUAUAAGUAAAAUAUUUUUAAUAAGCUUUUUUUGUAUGUUACACUCGAUAAUCUGUUGUUGCUGUGCAAAAACCUCUAUGUUCAUGCUGUGCAGAGUGAAAGGUUUCUCAUCUUGGAACCAGCUCUACCAGCCCUAGCGCCUUUUGUCUGAUGAUAAUAGAAAUAGGUUUGUGCUGUUUGUGUGAGGGUGUCCUAUAAUACAAUUGUUACUUAUUAAAGCAUUGCUGAAGGCACACACUGCUUAUUACUGCUGGACUUGAAGUUUCUCUUAAAUUUAUGGUUGGGGACAGAUUCAUUGCAGCUUUCUAAAAAAACCAAAUGUGCUGUUCAAAGUUGUUCUCUUUAAAUCCUUUGAAAACAUCCACAUAGCCAUUUAUAUUGUGUAGGUCACAACUGCUUUGUGUUGGAUUUACAGGUUAGCAUUAAAUAAAGGCUUUUUUACUGCUUGGUCAGCUGCUUCCUUUACAAGGAGAGACUUCAGAAUCAGAUCCAAGAUGAUUUCUCCUUUCCAUUGCUGCCUUAGCUACCAUUACCUUUAACUACUAAUUUAAGGAAUUGAAUAGGUGCGUGCAGUCAGAUUCUGCCAAGGCCUCUAAACUGUCACUGUAUCGUGACUUAAACUGUGCACUUGCCUGUUUUUCAACAUUAUCAUGGAAACACAUUAAAAGGGGACUGGGUGUAAAAUGCUUUAUAGCACAGCCUCAGGCUUUGUCUUCUACAGUAAGUUCAGCAGUAUAGGUAUUUCAGGAAACUCGUUGAGUGCUGGAGAUUCAUUUGGCUGAAACAGUUGACUCCCACAGAGACACAUGCAGGAAUCCAGUAAAGGGGAAGUGGUUUCAUCUGGGUCAAAAAGACUAAGGCUUAGGGUCUAAUAGACAAGAUAUAUCUUUUAUUAUACAAUAAAGAAUAUUAUGUGCUGUAAAUUAAGGCAUCGUAAGUGCAAAAAGCUUACUGAAUCAUCAAGAAGGCAUAUUUGAUUAGGCAACCUUUAAAAUUAUUCUUUUACAGGGAUAGUUAGUAUCUACUUAAAGCAUGUUUCAUGUCCUUCAGUUUGUUUCAAAAAAAAAACAAACCAAAAAACC